AUGACCGCCACAGAGGAUUAUGGCUAUUUACGGCCUCCAAGUGACGAGAAAUAUGAUGCUGUUUAUCGCCAGCCAUCCUCCUACAACCCUCUCCACACAUUCACUCUCCCCAUGGGAAGUGACCGACACUACCAACAGCAGUAUGGCGACAUGUACUUUUUGCGAUUGGCCAAAUUGAAGCCUGCCGUCGAGAAAAUUGCAACAGACGCGUGGGGUGAAUUGACCAUUGCAGGGGAAUCAGCAAGGCGAGUGGACCGAGUACUGGAUGUGCGCCAGGGCGAGCUGUGCUGGAUGGCCGGUACUGUGUAUAUGGACAUGCCGCUGAAGCCCAAUAUUUUGGAGGAUUUGACAAAGGAGACCUUCACCUCCGCACCUCCCCCUCGCCGCACCUACACCGAUCCCUCCAAUCCGUCCGCGACUCAAAUCAUGGUGGAAGAUGAAUCUGGUCGAAUCCGUCUGACCGGCAAUUUGUUACUAUCGACCCAAUUGGCGACAGGUGUGAUCAUCGCAGCACUAGGAACCGAGACCGUUGAUGGAGAGUUCGAAGUCAUCGACAUCAAGGUUCCCGAUCUGGCUCCUCAACCUGAGCGAUGGGCGCGAGGCCGCCUGCUUCCGGCUGAGUCAAAGGAAGCCGGCCAAGAGAAGUCUGGGAAGUCCGGAAAGAUCGCCUUCAUAAGUGGACUUGGGAUCACAGGCUCCUCAAGCGAUACGCUGGCUCUGGAGCUUCUGUCGGACUAUUUACUUGGGUAUACUGGAAUUGACGACAGUGCUGAUCCAUCUCGAAUCACCCGGCUUAUCAUCGCCGGUAAUUCGCUGGGGGCGAGUGUUACCGCAGAUGCAGCAGCAACGACCGCCGACAAUGCUGUGAAGAAGAAAUUGGCUCCGAAGAAGUAUGGUUACGACGCGUCGGCGUACAACUCCUCGCCCAUCACGCAACUUGACAAUUUCUUGGCGGAACUAUUACCUAGUAUCCCGGUGACUUUGAUGGCCGGUGAAUCAGACCCGGCCAAUUUCUCGCUUCCUCAGCAGGGCAUCCACCGUGCCAUGUUUCCUCGGUCGCGGGCGUACUGUGCACCUCCCUCUACUGGUGACAACAAGCAGGAAGUUGGAUGGUUUGACAGCGUCUCCAACCCCUGGGAGGGCGACGUGGAAGGUUGGCGACUCUGGGGCUGUAGCGGCCAAAAUGUGGAUGAUGUGCUGCGCUACCUCGACUUUCCGAGCGACGACGUAGACCCUGUUGUGGACCGCGAUGACUCUGAGGCACGUCUGCGGAUUAUGGAGGCAAUGCUCCGGUGGCGAUGUGGAGUUCCAACAGCGCCGGAUACAAUCUGUAGGUCGUUGAUCAUGCAGCGAGGCCGACGCAAUUUUUUACUAAUCACCAUUCCUAUAGGGUCAUAUCCAUUUCAAACCAUCGAUCCAUUCAUCCUCGAGUCCUCGCCCCAUAUCUUCUUCACCGGCAACCAACCCGUCUUCAAAACCACAGUGAUCGAAGCAGAAGGGCCCUUUCGACUCGAUGGCGACAUGGAAAUGAAGGACUCGGAUGCGGACACACUCAAUUCUCGUGUGCGAAUCCUGUCGAUUCCUCGAUUCAAGGACACGGGAGAGCUGAUAUUGGUGGAUACUGAGACUUUGGAAGUCGAAGUCAUCCGCUUCGGUGCAUUUGCCGGACAGGAGGAGAAGAAGUAA